GCGCGGGGCGGCCCCGGGCCGCCCCCUUUGUUCGCGCGGGCCGCAGGGCCCGGCCGUGCCCCCGCAGCACCCGCAGGCGGCGGCGGCCGGGAGGAGGGAGGGGGCCGCGCUGCCGGGCCCAGCAUCCUCCUCCUCCUCCUCCUCCGCCAACUCGGGCCGCCCGCCCAGCUCCCUCCUUCCCGGCUGGGCUCCGCCGCGGCCGCCCAGGGAGUGGCACGGCGGCCGCCUGCCAGGGGCUGCAGCCUGCGGCGGCUCCGGUUCCGCUCCCCGGCGGGCUGCGAGAGGGUCUGUGACAAUGGAAGAAGAGGCCCAUCAUCGAGAAGCCUGAAUGGUGAUACCAGGACAGCUCUUUGAGACAUUUGCAAUACAAGCCUGAGAUACAUGAGACAGCAAACAUGCUGAAGCCAAGUGGACUUAAAAUCCCUGGCAGGGCUGGGAAGCAUUCCAGCCCGGUGGGACGGGCAUCAGGGACCACCGCAGCUGCCAUCACCACUGGUUCAAAAGAAGGCUCACCUUUACACAAGCAGGGUACCACCUCCACCGCCAGCGCCGAGAAGUCAGGUUCAAAGGUUGCCGAGGUGGGCGAUGAUUUCCUGGGAGACUUUGUGGUGGGCGAACGUGUCUGGGUAAAUGGAGUGAAGCCAGGUGUGAUCCAGUAUCUUGGGGAGACGCAAUUUGCUCCAGGCCAGUGGGCAGGGGUCGUUCUGGAUGACCCAGUGGGUAAGAAUGACGGCUCUGUCGGUGGAGUACGUUACUUUGAAUGCCAGCCGCUGCAGGGGAUUUUUACGCGACCCUCCAAGCUGACGCGGCAGCCGGUGGCCGAGGGCUCGGGGAGCGACGCCCCCUCCGUGGACUCCCUGACGGCUCAGAACUUGUCACUGCACUCGGGGACGGCCACGCCACCUCUCUCCACUCGUGUCAUCCCCCUGCGGGAGAGCGUCCUGAACAGCGCCAUGAAGACGGGCAACGAGUCUGGAUCUAACCUCUCGGACAGUGGGUCUGUGAAAAAAGGGGAGAAGGACUUACGGCUUGGAGAUCGUGUGCUGGUUGGUGGGACAAAGACAGGAGUUGUGCGCUACGUGGGCGAGACGGAUUUUGCCAAAGGAGAGUGGUGUGGUGUGGAGCUGGAUGAACCCCUGGGGAAGAACGAUGGGGCGGUCGCUGGUACAAGGUAUUUUCAGUGUCCUCCCAAAUUUGGCCUCUUUGCUCCCAUCCACAAGGUGAUCCGGAUCGGGUUCCCAUCAACCAGCCCCGCCAAGGCAAAGAAGAGCAAACGAAUGGCCAUGGGAGUGUCUGCCUUAACCCACAGCCCCAGCAGCUCCUCCAUCAGCUCCGUCAGCUCGGUGGCAUCGUCUGUUGGGGGCAGGCCAAGCCGCAGUGGGCUGCUGACAGAGACCUCUUCUCGAUAUGCCCGAAAAAUCUCUGGCACCACAGCUCUCCAGGAGGCACUGAAGGAGAAGCAGCAGCACAUCGAACAGCUACUGGCAGAGCGUGACCUGGAGCGGGCUGAGGUUGCCAAAGCCACCAGCCACAUCUGUGAGGUGGAGAAAGAAAUUGCCAUCAUGAAGGCCCAGCAUGAGCAGUAUGUCACGGAGGCAGAAGGAAACCUCCAGCGAGCACGAGCUCUGGUAGAUGGGAUGCAGAAGGAGAAGAUUGAGCUGUUGAACCAGCUGGAAGAGGAGAAGAGGAAAGUGGAGGACUUGCAGUUCCGUGUGGAGGAAGAAUCCAUUACAAAGGGGGAUCUGGAGACUCAGACGCAGUUGGAGCAUGCCCGAAUACGGGAGCUCGAGCAGAGCCUGCUGUUUGAGAAGGCACAGGCUGAAAAACUCCUCAGAGAAUUAGAGGACACCAGGUUAACCACGGUAGCAGAGAAGUCCAGAAUCCUACAGCUGGAGGAGGAGUUGAGCCUGAGGCGCAGCGAGGUGGAUGAACUUCGGCAGUGCCUCAGGAGCUCUCACCAAGCAGAGACCCCUGAGCAUAACCUUGGCUUGCAGUCAGAGGCUCUUCGUCUACGAGAUCAACUGCUGUCUGCCAACAAGGAGCAUCAGAAGGAGAGCAGCCAGCUAAAGGAGAAGUACGAGAAGACAUUAAAGAAGUACCAGCAGGAGAUGGAGAAGCUGAAAUCUGUCAAUGAGAAGUACUCACAGGAAAUCGUUGACCUAAAGCAUAAAGUUCAGCAAGCCACUAAUGAGAACAUGGGGCUCAUGGACAACUGGAAGUCCAAGUUGGACACGUUAGCUUCUGACCACCAGAAGUCUCUGGAGGACCUGAAAGCCACACUGAGCACAGGCCCCGACACCCAGCAUAAGGAGAUUGUGGAACUGAAGGCAGUGGUGGAGAGUAUAAAGAUGGAGCACCAGCUUGAGCUGGAGAACCUGAAAGCAAAGCAUGACAUUGAGACGGCUGUUCAUAUAAAGGAGAAAGAGAGUCUCAAACUGAAGUUGCAGGAGGCUGUGGAUGAAGUGGAAAAAAGCAACAGCAACUGGAAAAUGCAACUGGAAACCAAAAGCAAUCAGCACCUUCUUGAGCUCCAAGAUGUGAAGGACAAGUGUCGAGAUGCUGAGCUGAGGGUGCAUGAACUGGAGAAACUUCAUGAUGAAUAUAAAGAUCAGACACAAGCGAUAGCUUUCUUGAAAGAGCAGAUUUCUUUGGCUGAGAAGAAGAUGUUGGACUAUGAAAGAUUACAGAAAACAGAAGCCCAGAGCAAACAGGAGAUCCACAGAUUGCAGGAAAAAGUGCUUGUCUUAGAGAACAAGCUGCAGUCCAUGGAGGCCCUGCAUCCUUCUCAGCAUGCAAAUAUGAUUGAAACUAAUGAUAUUUCAGAAGAAAAGAUAAAAAUGAAGCAGACUAUGGAAGACCUCCAAGACAAGCUGAGUAAAAGAGACAAAGAGGUGUCAUCACUGGUGUCCCAAACUGAAACUCUAAGGGCCCAAGUAAGUGCUUUGGAAAAUAAAUGCAAAACAGCAGAAAAGAAGGCUGAUUCGUUGUUAAAAGAAAAGAAGAGGCUGGAAGGUGAACUGGAAGCCUUGACCAAGAAAACACACGAUGCUUCAGGGCAACUGGUCCUGAUUAGCCAGGAGCUACUCAAGAAGGAAAGGAGUCUGAACGAGCUGAGAGUGUUGUUACUGGAGGCGAACCGGCACUCGCCUGGGCCAGAGCGGGACCUAAGCCGGGAAGUGCACAAAGCAGAGUGGCGGCUGAAGGAACAGAAGCUCAAAGAUGACAUCAAGGGUCUGCGAGAGAAACUGGUUGUGCUGGACAAGGAAAAAUCAGUAACGGAUCAGCGGCGAUACUCCCUGAUCGACCCCUCGUCAGAGUCAGAAGUGAUCCGGCUGCAGCACCGGCUUGUCAGCACGGAGGAUGUGCUGCGCAAUGCGCUGGAGCAGGGCCACCAGAUGGAGAAGCUCAUGGAAGCGAUGAGGCUCUCCUCCGAGAAAACACAGACUGUUGGAAAUUCUGGGUCUGCUAACGGAAUUCACCAGCAGGAUAAAUCCCACAAGCAAGAGGAGAAGCUCUGAUAGAGAAGAGGUGAAAGAGGAUCAUUUCACGCCAGUAUCAGCUCCUGUGCACAGUCAGGAAAAACGAUACCACAUCUGGCUUUAGCACCUCCAAAAGACCAGAAACAGUAUUUUCACUUUAAAGCAGGACAAUGUUUAUAAUAUACUAACUGAUGUAAUCAGGACAAUCCUGGAGUCCAGUUUUCCAAGGCAGCCAUUGUUCCAAGAGGGAGCAGAAAGAUCUCUCUGGGUUUGGUUUCUUACUUGUAUUGGUUUUGACUGUGGAAUUUGUAUUGCUUGAGUUGCCCUUGUCCCACCAGCUGACCUGGUCUGGAUGACAGCUGCCCCGAACGGUGGUUGAAGUGUCAGCAAGUCCCAGUAAGCCCACAGGAGCUGCAAAGGGAUUUGCUUGUGGUGUUCAACUCCAAAGCGUGUGCCCAGAGGCUGCACGCUUCCCACGUCGUCUGUCCCUUCCCUUCUACCCCCGUCAGUGUCUUGAAGACCUGCACAAGCAAGUGAAACCUGCUGGGCUGACUGUUCACGCUGGCACGCGUAGGCUGAGGAAGACGGGGUGUGAGGAUGCGUUUCCCUCCUUGCCUUCUAGAAGACAUCGCUGUUCCAGAGCACGGAGGCUGCACCUAGUACUUGUAUGAUAGCAUGUUGUGGGAGAUAAUCUGAUUUCAGAGGGUUAUUUAUUUCGUUUCUCACCCACUGCUGUUUGGGGAAGGAGCUGUGGUGCCUCUGAGUUUGGGGACAGGCACACCUCACUCAGGUGUGGUUGGCCUUUCUUCCUGCAGAGAGAUUGCUGGGCUGGCCUGCCAAUGCCCUGGGCCACAGCCAGGCUGCCCAGCCUGGUCCCCCUCACUCAUAUGUGCUUUAUUGGGUCUUUUUUGAGCACAGGACUCCACAGACAGCUGGAUCUCGGCAUCGCUGGCCUGAGAGCUCCAUGCUGGCUACAGUCAGUGUGGGACCGAUGCCCUGAGGAGAUGGUUCCCUCCUUACUUGUUUAAUUUAACAGCUAAUGGGGGAUUGCCUGGCAAUUCUCCAGAGCUAUCCUUGGCUCUUCAGUAUGAUGGCCAUCGCUUAAUACCAGGAAUGGAGGAGGCUAAAGUGCUGCUGUGAGCAUUCAUGCAGUAGUGGCUGUCUGUAUUUGACGGGUACAGCAAUCCUCUGUGCAUGACCUGAGUACAAGCAUUUGGAGCAGAAAGAAUCCAAGACAAGCCCACACAGCUCUUGUGUCUGUACGCAGCAGUGCAGGCCCAGGCAAGGGUCUUAUUCCUUCUUCUGAAGGCUUUACUCUUCUCUUUAACUUUGCACCACAGCUCCCAAGGGACAGUAGGGUGGAGGAAGGGGAUAAUAUGCUCUUAAAGGUGUGAGAGAGUCCAGUUCAGAUUCAUUGUUCAGUACCACAAGAAAGAGUCACAGCAAUAUUUUACCAGGCUUCUCCUAGUUAGUGCCUGACUCUUCCAGUGUUUGGAAGCUCUUGUGUUAUGAUGGGGCAUCUGUGAAAGAGGCCAGGACAGAAGAGACCACUGAGAGAGGAGAUCUGAGCCAGACCACAGGCAGAUGAACAUCACGGCAUGUCAGCUUCAUUGCUUUUUUCCCUGAUUUUCUACAAAGUUGUGUUACUUCUUCCGUAGUGGGUUGCCAGACUCCUACUUCCUUGAAGGAUGGGCAGCCAGAAGCAACCUGGGAAAGACUUGGGCUUCAUGGCUGCAAUUCUGCCAUGAGGAGGAUGUUGCUGAAUCUGGGCUACGACACAAUACUGGACCCUGCUCACUCGGUGCAGGAUUGGUGAUGUCACUUCAUUCAAAGGGAGGAUGAAAGAGGAAGGUGACUUGAGGGGAGUAAAGCAGGUCAGAAAACACAGUUUACAUCUGGCGUACAGCGGGGGGAGGCAGAGCUUGGGAUCUAAUUGGCUGGAAAUAAUUCAAGUGGGAUCCCAUCCUGCCUUGUAGAAGUGUUUCAUCAGCUCUUACUAGUCACCAGGAAGACUGCCACAUCCCUGCCUAGCUCUGGGAGUUUCCCAAGGGAUCAUAGGUGUGGUCUCCAAAAUCCUCCUGGUUGGUGUAUUCAUCUCCUGAGUGAUUUAGGCAAAUCCCAGAGGGAGUGUUUGUUGUUACAGCCCGCGACAGUGAAUACCUCACUGGGAGCUACUGUUUUUAAGAAUUUAGGGCUGGUGUUUCCCAAGGUGCUCCUGUUGGCUGGAUGGUCUCUGAAGUCACGUCUGCAGCUUCCACUGGGUUGAGUGGAGCUAAUGGAGUGCUUCUUGCAGUGCCGCUUGUCUCCAAGCCCAGGGCUUCCCGGGCACCUGCAGGUGGGAGAGCCUAUUCUGGUUUGUAACUUAAUUUACCUGAUAGGUCUUCUAGUGACUUGUGAUCAGCUGCCUUCAUCUACAGAGGAAGGAUACCUGUGUUUUCUACCUCCCUUAAUGCACCUUUGGCUCUGCACAGGACAGGAUCCCCCAGGAGUGGUUAUGGGGACCAUGUAUUUGGUUCCAUUAAUCAGAUCCAGAGUUGUCAGCGUGGCAGUGGUUCUGGCUGGAGGAGUCUCUGGCUCCCACCUCCUCCCAGGGACCAUCCCCUGUGAGCGGCUCAGACCUGUGGCUCUUCACUGUGACCCGAGCUGACCGGGCAGAACAGCAGCAGAUGGGUCAGAGAAGGCUUAGAGUUAGUGCUGAUGGUCUCUGGCUGUAAAUAGCUGUGCUGGUCCCUAAGGAUCAGCCAGGAGCUGAUGGCACUUCUUGGCUUUCUGUGGCGGCUGUGUGGUCUUUGUGUUGCAGGGCUGUACCGAAAUGUGUCCCCACCCGCCUUGGGGUGCAGGUCCAUGGGAGUUGCUCCCCAAACAGGACCAACUACAGCGUCAACAGGACGUGCUAUCACAUGCGUCAUCUGGGUUUCAGCUCAACCCUGUAUAAAGUGGCCAGGAGGGGGUUUGGACACCAGCCAUAUCCUCCCUCCAAAACUGGCACAGGUUUCCCAAGGGCACCUGCCUCUGGCUGCCCUUCUGAGGUUGUAAGAGACCAAACUAGGGACAAACUUGGAAAGGACAAGGAGGAGAUUCCCCAGCCCCUCUAUUUAUUUGUAAGUUUAAGUGCUAUUUUUGCCUAUGUGGUGGUGUAUAAAGUACUUCACGAUAUUUGGUCUUACUGGCUUGGUUCUUUGGGGGAGAUUUUCAAAGGCAUUGGAGCACUGAUGCACCCAUCUCCUGUUGUUGGUCAGGGGCUGAUUCCUGUUUGUGCCUUCACUCCCCCUUUGGCUUCAGCCUUGCUCUUAUCUUGAUCCCCAAGAGCUGGUACAGGGGGGCUGUGUUCUCCCCAGCCCCUCUCCCAGCUUGUGCGUGCCAUGCUGGUUUUGCAUCUGGAGCCGAGUCCUGAGCAUCAUGCCUCAGAGCACCAGUGCAGGGUGGGGAGCAGGAGGUAGCACGCUGCUGGAGCCCUCGGCACCAAGGGAAGGACCAGCACUCCGGUUGUGAGACCAGCCCUCAUGGCCAGCUGUGUUACCCCAACGGUUAGUGAUGCUUUUCUGCUGAAAGCUAAGACAUUAUCCAGUGAAAAAAGUCUUUGAAAUGGAGACUGCUCCAUGUUUAGUGAUUUCUUCUCUAACCCUCUAGACCAAAGGGAAAAGAAUCAGUCUUGGUUGGUGAUUUCAGCUUUAUCCCUCCUUACAGCAUCCAGAGAGCUGGAGCAAGGGGCAGCACCGUGCCAGUGCCGUACUGAAUGACGGGUGCAAAGUUGCCAGCCAAGGCUUUACAGCUCUUGCCUACCCCUAGCCACCAGUGGUUCCUCUGGCUGACAGAAGAGAUGCAUGAGGGUUUCAUUAAAACAAAAUGAUGCAAAUGACACUGUAAAAGUCUUAACAAAAAUUCCAGUACUCCGUUGUUCGGCAGCUUUAGCAGCUCAACACUAUCUUGUAGGGAGUUAUUAAUAACACUAAGAUCCUAUAGGCCUCAUGUAAGUUACCAGAAUAAAGAUGAUACUAGAUGUAUAAAUGGAUGAUAACCUUUUACCCGUACAGUAUGUAUAACAAUUUUGUAGCUUAGUCAUUUUUUGGCUAUCAGAUUUUGUUAGUAUGAUAUAAAAAAAAAAAAAGGAAAAAAAAAAAAAGGUUUGACUGCUAAUGUCUAUUUUGUUAUUUGAUUCAUUUUAUUUCUUCCUCUGUACAAAAGCUGUACAAAUCUUAGUUUGUGUAACUACUAGAGAUGUGUAUUCAUGUACCAUCCACCCCCUGUCCUGGCUUGCUGGUGUGGUGAGCUUGUUAACAAUAAAAUCUGUGGCUGAA